AUGCCUAGCGAGACUAGGCUAUUCUCUGCGAUUACGUUAUUGUCUUUAGGGAAGAGGAGGGCCAUGUCUCGUAUUUCUCCGGGUCCUUUUACACCUCACACUGCCAACAUACGCCAUUGGUGCUUCAUACACGAGCGCUGUUGCGCCUCAUACUCGAUCCGCGGCCUUGCCCUGCGGCCUUGCUCUGCCUCGCCUCACUCGAAGGAUCUGCUACAACAGUGA